AUGGGAGCAUUCAUUGCUAAUAAUGAUCUACAUGAGAUCGAUUUCAUCGGACCAAGGUAUAAAUGGUGUAACAAUAAAGCCGUAGGUGCUCGGAUCCUUGAGAGAUUGGACAGGUGUUUUCUUAACUCAAUUGCUUUGCGAUUCUUUCCUCAACUAACCGUGAGACACCCAGCUAGAAUUUCCUCAGAUCAUAGUCCUGUGGUUCUUAAAUUUUGUAAUUCUAGAAGUUUUCAUAAGAGGAGUAUUAUUUUUGAAGAUGUAUGGGCUUCAUAUCCGACAUCAUUUGCUGUGGUUAAGAGGGAAUGGAAUAAAAAUUUCAGUGGUAAUUCUGCUCAAAUUCUGAAUGCUAAGUGCAAGAGAACUCUCAAAUCUUUGUUCUUUUGGAGCAAAGCUAAACUAAAGAACCUCAAUGAUCUAAAAGGCAUUUUAAUGGAUGAAAUUCUGAAAUUACAAACAGAGGAAGCUGAAAUUGGAUGGCUAUUUGAAGAAGACUGCUGGCGUAUGAAAUCCGAAAUCAUUGAACUCAAUACAACUAUGGCUAGGCUGUGCAGUUGGUGGAAACAAAGAGCGAAAGUCAAAUGGAUGAAUGAGGGAGAUUGUAAUUCCAACUUUUAUCACUGUUAUGCUAAUGCUAGAAGGAUUGGUAACAGGAUUCAGAAAUUAAAAAACGAUAAUGGGAUGGUGAUGGAGGAACAGAACAAUAUUGAAGAAAUUUUUAUAAAUUUCUUUAACUCCAAAUGGAAAAAGAGAAGCUGCAAACUGGAUGACUGGCCAAAUCCUUUGAACAAAACUCAAGCCGGAAGAAGCACAUGCUCUGAAUGA